CGUGGGUGUGGGAGAGCUGUCGUGCGAGUGGGCUGAGUGGGCUGGGUGGGUGAUUACAGAGGCAGAUAUGUCGGCCGACUCGCCCCUCUGACAGACCGGCCCGACAGGCUCGACCGGCUCUGGGGUUUUGUUUUUCCCCGUCUUGGACACACUCGGUUUGUUUAAAUCUGUUACCGUGCAUGCAGGUAACGUUAGUCGAUGCCUUUUUGCCCUCUACUCUCAAAGUGGUUGUUGGAGCUUUUUUUUCUUCUUCUUUUGGGUUGCUCUGGGCCUCUGAGGGGCUGACACAUCAUCCGUACGGCCUGAGCGGGAACCAAGGGAAGACCAGUUUCAGGGAUUUGUUCCCCGUGUGAGUGCCAUGAUGUGUAUGACCUCUGCUGACCUUCAAGCGAAGGACCGAAGAGGAGGGGGACGAGCGAGAGGGAGGAGAAGUCAGGCACCAAUCUUCUCCUGGGUAUAUGGACCUGAGGUGGCAAUGUCUCCAGGAGAGGACGGCCUGAUUGGGAUCCCCUUCCCGGAGCACAGCAGUGAGCUCCUGUCCCACCUGAAUGACCAGAGGAGGACGGGCCUUCUCUGCGACCUCACGCUGACGUCCCGCGGGGCGCGCUACCCAACUCACCGCUCCGUCAUGGCCGCCGUCAGCCUCUACUUCCGCGGGCUGUUCGGGGCCGACGAGGGGGGCUGCGAGGGCGGAGGAGGCUUCAGCGUGUGCCAGCUGGACUGCGUGGCGCCCGACGCGCUGGAUGCCCUGCUGGAGUUUGCCUACACCGCCACGCUGACCAUCCCCAGCUCCGGGAUGCGAGAUGUGCUGCGAGGGGCCCAGCUCCUGGGCAUCCAGUGCGUGGCGGACGCGUGCAGAGACAUCCUGGGGGAGCCGGCGGAGGCGACAGAGGAGCAGAGAGCCCACAGCGCGGCCCCCGAGAGGACGGCAGCGGGGGGAGAGAGGGGGGCGCAGGAGAGGGCCUCUCGAAGGAAGAUGGACAAAAAGAAGAUGAGAAAGGUUGCGGCGCGCGACGUCGACUCGGCGGUUUUCAACCCGCCGCCUGCCUCCCCCACCUCGCACCCGUCCCCUUCCUCCGACAGCGUGCGCUCCCUGCCGUCCACCCAGCCCCCCAGCCCCGAGCAGGAGGAGCUCCGCGUCGCACCGCGGCAGAACGGAGGCCCCGGGGCGGUCAGGAAGCCGGGGGGGAGGGCCAAGCUAAACGGAGGCCUCCUGCACUGGCUGCACGAGCGGCCGCGCGGCGCCCGCCCGCCCGCGGCCCCGCCCUUGGCCGACAAGCUCUCGGAGGACGAGGACACGGAGGGUUUCGUGGCCGACGACGACGGCGCGCUGACAGAAAGCCCCCCGGGGGCCUCCGCGGCGGCCGACGGGGGAGCGGCGGCCUCGGCAGCAGGGGGCGGCAGGAAGAGGAAGUCCCAGACGCCCCAGCAGUGCCCCGUUUGUCAGAAGAUCAUCCACGGAGCGGGGAAACUGCCCCGACACAUGAGGACGCACACCGGGGAGAAGCCCUUCCAGUGCUCCGCCUGCGGAGUCCGUUUCACGCGGAACGAUAAGUUGAAGAUCCACAUGAGGAAGCACACAGGCGAGCGCCCUUACCCCUGCCCCCACUGCCCCGCCCGCUUCCUCCACUCGUACGACCUGAAGAACCACCUGUCCCUCCACAGCGGGGCGAGGCCCUUCGAGUGCCCGCUCUGCCACAAGGCCUUCGCCCGAGAGGACCACCUCCAGCGUCACCGCAAGGGACACAGCUGCCUGGAGCUGCGCACGCGCCGACCCAGGCGGGGGGCCGAGCUCGGGGAGGACGAGCUCGGGGAGGAAGGCGGGAGGGAGCAGUCCGACCGCCUGGAGGCCUUGUCUUUGCAGGCGCACCCCUCUGCGUUCUUCGCCCACGCGGCGCUGGACGGCGGGAGUGGAUCGCGCGGCGGCCCCCACCCGCGUCUGUUUCCGGGCGACGCGGAGGUGGAGCGCUCCCUCGCCAUCCAGGCCUUGGCCCAACUCGCGCCCCACGGCCUGGCCGGCUACCCGGAGCUCUUCCUGCGCGGCCUGGAGCUGCGGGGGGGCCGCGAGGCGGACGGAGAAGACCCGGGAGGAGCUCGCUCCCCGGCCGCGCAGCGUGACCGAUGGGCCGAGGAAGUUGAAGAAGAAAUUGGAGUGGAAGAAGAGGAAUAGAGAAUGUGUGUGUGAGUGUGUGCAGGUGUAUGUGUGUGUGUGUGUUUUGAGAGUCCACAGUAAAAAAAACAUCUCACUCAGGUGGCGGGACUGAUGACCUGCUGCUCCCACUUAGAGAGCGCUUACAAAAAUAAAUACAACUAAAUGAUAUUAUAAGGAAAAAAAAUGGAAAACGGGUUUUCUUAGAUAUUUUAAAUGCUCUUGGCGUUAUUUGAUUUUGUCUUUUAGAUUGGAUUUCUUGUUUGCUGUUUUCAUUUGAUGUAUUUCAGUUUUGAACUGUUUGGUGUGAUUUUUUUUUUCUUUUCUAGCUGGAUGUGCGUGUGGUAACUGGGAUGCUUUUCACUAUGCAAACUAAAAUCCAGACCUGCAUCAUGCAGGGACUUUUUGAAGAUGUCAGAUUGUAGUUACAACAUAAAUGUAUUGAUUCAGGUGCAAUUCAGAAGUCAUAUAACCUAGAUCACAACAAUGAGUUUGCGUGCCUGCUGCCCCCUGGUGGUUAUCGGUGGAAACGCAGUGUAGACAAACUCAUUCUGUGCGUUGAAAGCAAUAACGUUCGUUGUGUCUUUUCUUCUUAGUGGUAAUCUCUGCUUUGAUUUGGUGCUUGAACCAAAGAAUUUUAGUUGAACUGUUCUCUUAAGCUUAAGUUCACAGGAGAGAAGAGAGGCGACCGGUAGCCAAUGUUGGGUUUGAAGAGGAGAUUCUUCCCGACGGUUUUGAUAGCCAUGAGAAAGAGUCUGCUUCCAUGUGUGAGUGUUUCUGAGCCAGACAGCUCUCUGUUAAACGCCUGACCAAAAGUGACAAAGUCCAGGGUCAGCGAGUUGUUGAUUGUGUUGAAAACAAUUCUUCUUUUCACCAAAGGCUGUGGAUUUCAGUCUUCCAAUGCGCUCAUUUAGGUUUCUUGUUUGAAAAGAAAAAAAAAAUAGAAAAAGGGGCAAAAAGGUGAGGGGCUGAAUGAGAUGGCGCCCCCCACCUUUUCUGUACUUAUUUAUUUAUUGUUAUUUAUUAUGGUUCUUCUGCUGAAACUCUCUUGUGAGACCAAAUCCAAGGAGGGGAGACAGAUCACAAGUCUUAAGAAAAUCUAAAGGUUCUGACUCAACAUCUCCCCGUAACUUACCGCCUUUUUUAUGGGCCUCUUGUCUUCUUUUGGCGAUUCGUCCUCCAAUGCAUUCUUUGCACAUUAAACCCUGUCAGGUACUGCAAUGAAAAAGGCACAUUCCAUCUGGGGUAAAGAGAAGGGAAGUGAGCAAGGAAGAAGUCAGCGGGGUUUAAACCCUUCUGAUGUAACUGGAACACACAGAAUGACGUUGUAGUUUGACAUUUUCGGUGCGCUUUUUCUUUUGUUAAUUUUAUUGUAAUAAUAGUACUGUAUCGCAUGUUAACGUGGCCGUUCCCGUACAUUGGCCACCGCCGCGUCUAAAUGGGCCAUCACCCUUGGAGGUAAAUCUAUCUUUGACCAAAAAAAUCCUUUUAGUUCUGUCGCGCUUUCCCCGAGACCAGUACGUGAAGGCCUUUCGCAGGGUGUGAUGCAAUCAUUAAUGGCUUUAAACAUCGGCAGUUGUCUUUUUAUUCCCCAUUCGUUUGAAACCCAUUCAGUCAGGACAUGCUCCAGCAGUCACGCACACCUGGUCUGGCCUUGUGUGCACUAUCCGCUUCUUGUUGUGUAGUAAAUCUUUCUUUUUCUUUUUUUAUUUCUAGUUUGUUUGCACGAUGAGAUUUGAGAGCUUGAAGCCGUUUUGUCUGACCUUCCAUAUCUAAUCCAUUAACUCACUCGAUAACGUGUAAGAUUGUGAUAGAGAUUCUUCUUAAGACCUGCAUACAUUGAGUACUCUUCCUCCUGCAUAAAUAGUACAGAAUUAUUAGUCAAUAUAAUAUAUAUUGGGAUGAAGUUGCCUUAGACUUUCUGUUUUGUGUGUGCUGCAACUACUCUCAGGAAAUCUUGAGCAAUGCACUAAGUGAUUAUACAAAAAAUGUAAAAUGGGAAGCAAGUGUUUGGUGCUGUCAGGCUCUUCAUGCGAGAGAGUAAGGCCGGUAGU